AUGUGAAUGUGUCCCACGUUUCUACACGACGACGGACUACAUGCGCAACAUUGUCCCGUCUACUAUUUACUAUUUUGUAAGGCAGCCAUCAAAGAGCGGCGUUGAAGAGUUCGUAUGUUCAUAUGGAGUGACUUUAUAGCCUAAUAUAUAACACUAAUCAUUAUUUAGUAUCAUUCAUCCAUCCAUUUUUUACCGCUUGUCCCUUUCGGGGCCGACUCAUAAUGGUUAGCAUAGCAGCAAGAUUAGCUUUAGGAUGUUAAAACUUUUAAGCACUCGCAGGCUGGUUUGUCAUUUAAAGUCACUGAAGGCGACAAAGUGUUCCCACAGCAAGUUUGUGACUGAGGACUCUGUUAGGAGCUUUAUUUUGGAAAACACCGAGACUGUUGAACAACAUCACCUGACACCAGAGGUCAAGUUAAGACUUUUCACCUCAAACUGUCGAUAUUGGCAUGAAAAACCUGAGCUUUGGCCUUUUGAUGAGCCAUACUGGGCCAUCUACUGGCCAGGAGGACAGGCUCUUUCUAGGUAUCUCCUGGACAAUCCUGGAGUGUGUAAGGGAAAAUCGGUCUUGGAUCUGGGAAGUGGCUGCGGAGCUUCAGCCAUCGCUGCAAAACUGUGUGGUGCCGCCUGUGUCGUCGCUAACGACAUUGACCCCGUCGCCGUUCUUGCGACCUGCAUGAACUUUGAGCUCAACGGCCUGGACUCGCCCGUCGGUGUGACGGAGAACAUGAUCGGUUCGGAGCCUGGCAGGUAUGACCUGAUCCUCCUUGGCGACAUGUUCUAUGAUGAGGUCCUUUCCCGGAGCCUCUACACCUGGUUGGAGCAGUGCGUGGAAACCAACAACAGCCAAGUUCUCAUUGGAGACCCUGGCAGAGACCAGCUUGAGGAGAGCGGAAGGUUCUUGCAGAAGCUUGCCCAUUUUGAGCUGCCUAAGUCUGUACAAGAAGAGAACUAUGGUUUUACCUUCACCAGUGUUUGGCGCUACCAUCCUCAACUGUCCCAAAACCCUUUACAACGAAAGACUCAGUGAUGAUUACUGUAAGGUUCCUUAUGUUUACCGAAUAAAAUAUAGAAACACCAAA